AUGCCAAACAGCCGGGUAACGCGCGCGUGCGCAGAAGGGACGACCAGCAGGUGGCGCUCACGGGCGCUGUGGGCAGCCGGCGUGGGCCCCCGAUGUUGCGAGGGACUGCGAGCGCAACUCGGACUUCACGACAAGACGGAAAUCAGCCCUGGACCCGAGCGCACGACAGACGGCAGUUACAGUGAUGCAGUGAGCUGGGUGCGCGGACACCCCAGCCAUCCAGAAACGCCCCCCAACAUCUACGAGGGGGGGCUGGGGGCCCAGCAGCUGCAGUGCCCCAGCGCCCCAGGAAGCAAGCCCAAGAACUUCCGGCUGCGCCACCUCCGGGCCCUGGCCCUCUACCUGCCGGCCCACAUGCAGCCCACCGGUCAGGCUGAGAGCCACUGGCUGGGCCGGCUCAUGGCCGGGGGCUGCCUGCCUUGGCCCGGAGGCCUGGCCCGGGCCCUGGACCCGCCACGGGGGACUCUGGGCCCAGGGACCCACCACUGCCCGGCCCUUCUGGAAGCCCAGCUGCCCAGGGGCAGCCUGGGAAGUCCAGCCUCCAGUUCCAGCCCGGACCCAGCCAGGCGAGCCCCCACCCAGCUCGGUCCCCUCAAGGGCUUGGGGCUCAGACCCAAGAGGUCCUGGGGGGCCUUGGAGGAGUCCACAUGUCCCUUGGCCAAGAGAACCCGGGCUGGGGCCCUGGAGACGCCAUAGGGAGCCAGAGGGCCAGGGCUGGGGCCCCCAGCUCCGGGACAGGAGGGGGAGCAGGUCCCCAGAGGACCAGCUAGGGCCCGGGGAGCCCCCGCAGCCACCUCGUCCAGGUGGGCUGCCCAGCACCUGGGAGAAGGCACAGGGCCAGGAGGAGGCCUGCGGGUGCAGGAGAAAUGGAGCUGUGCCCUGGCAGCGGGCUCAGCCCCCGGCGCCCAGAGGCCCGGCUGAGCAGAGAAUGGGG